AUGCCAGUGGAGAAACACAGAGAUCAAGUUCGUCGUUUUUCGGAUAUGUCGGCAGUUAUUGAGAAUAUUAAGAAUCGAUUCAAGAAGAUGGCGGUCAUUGACAAACAUGGCGGUUACUGUCGAAGGACCUUCCAAGCCUGUGACCGAAACCCAGAGAUUGUUUUCAAGUCAGACAACGCCGCCGCUGCCAUCACCACCAUCACCCUGCCGCCGCCUAUCGAUCCGAUCUCAUGCAACA